AUGCAUAAAUAUAAAGAAGAUUUUCAUAAAGAAGAACCUACUAUAGAACUUCCACCACCACCAUUAUUCAAUUAUAUAGAAUUACAAAUAUCAAUUGAACAACGACACCUUUAUACUCGAAAGUCGAAUGAAUAUUUUUGUUCAUCACUUAGAAAAGAAAAGACAUUUCGGUUAGAUUAUUAUAAUCUUCCUAUAGAGGAUUAUGAAUCUUUAAAUUAUUAUUCUGUUGUUGAACCAUGUUUAAAUCAACUUACAGAAUUAAUAUGUACAACAAAACGUCGAAAAGCCAACUUAUUACUCUCUUUAUCAAAAUUUUCACAUAAUAUUAAAUUUAUGGCAAUAACUAUUAGUUAUCAACGUGAUUUAUCAGGUGAUGAUGUAGUAAGAACUUAUGAACAACAAAAAGUUGAAAAUGAGGCAUAUUGUUUGGCUACAUUAAUCGAGUCACAAAAAGGAUUAUGCAGCCUGAGAUUACACGUAUGUUCAGAAGGAUUAUCAACAAUAAUGGUAGCAUUAAAGACUCAAAUUAAUUCAUUGAAAUCUUUAAGUUUUAUAAACGUUAAACUUUUUGGAUAUGAGAUAUUAAGUUAUUUAAUAUCUUUAAAAAAACUUCAACAACUUGAAUUUAUUUCAUCAAGUUUUAAAGAUGAACCAGAUGAAACUAUUCCAUCAAUAUUGACCAAACUAAAUUUUCCAUGUCUUACUGAACUCAAUUUUAAUGGAUCAUAUAUUACAAAUGAAAUGUUGGAAAUAUUUUUAAAACUUUCUUAUCCAAAUUUGGAAACGUUUAAUCUUGGAAAACGAACCCAUUGUGAUAAUUCUAGUCAACAAAAUUUGAUAUCAGGCUCUCGAGAAAUAAUUAGUCAAAUACCAACAUUGCAUCCUACUUUAAAGCAUCUUAAAUUAUAUUUAUAUCCUGAUGAAAUUUCUCAACUUGGAAUAAUAUUUUCUUGUAAUAAAUUUGAAACGAUAACGUUAGCUGGAUCAACACGAAAAUCAAGCCAAUUAAGAUUUGAAGGAUCAAUGUGGGAAUUUAAUCCUUAUUGUCUAGAAAUACUUUUAAAUAAAUGUAAGUUCAUGAGAUUAGAUAGUUUUGAAAUUGUUGAUUCAAAAAGUUUUAGUAACGAACAUUUAAAAGUCGUUAUUAAAUGUUUGAAAGAUGUUAUAAGAAAAUUGGUUUUACGUACUAGAAAUAGGUUGAGUCAUUGGCUAAUUAAAAAAGCUAGCAAAGUUUUUGAUGUUGAUUAUCAGAAAAACUCACUAAAAGAUAGUGCGUACAUACCUAUAUAA